AUGUUUGUUCCUACACGAAAGCAAGUAUCCUUAGCGUAUCCAGUCAUAUUAAUAUUGGGAUGUUUUCUUUCCGUAUUGCUUUCUGAAGAAGCCAAAAUUAAUCAAAGAGCUAAUUAUUAUCUACUUAACUCAAAGAAUGUUUUUAAUCAGAUACUAGCUUAUAAGGGAAAUUGGGUAUGGCUUUUUCUGUUUAUGGGUGUAGCUGCAGUGCAAUACAAUCUGCGAACUAAAAGCCAGUCGCUACUGCCCACUGAUACAAGAGCACUAGUUGUUUCUAAUAAGACUAAGUUGCAGAUCAUAAAAGAGUAUUUCUGUAAAUACUUUCUAAAGCUGUUCAUUUUGGACGUCAUAUUCCUUGUAAUAGAUGGUGUAUUUAUAAUGACAGGCGGGUCCUGUACAGUACCUAACAGAUCCAUAUCAGCUGAACUUUGUAAGUCGCUAGGAGGUAAAUGGAUAGGUGGAUUUGAUAUAAGUGGUCAUUUUUGUUUUUUGGUCAAUAUUAGCAUGAUUCUAUGGAUGGAAUUGAUAGCCAUCGCAGAACAUGUUUGUGGGUAUGACACUGUGAUUUCGUUAUCAUCAUUACAAAAGCAUGUCAUAACCGUGGCAGUAGUAGUACUGGUGGCAUGGAUGGGCAUGCUGCUGGUUACCGCUACAUAUUACCAUACUAUUGCGGAGAAGUUAAUCGGGUGUGUUUUUGGAUACAUUUGCCCAUUUGUGAUGUAUGGGUUAAUUCCUAACAGCCAUGAUUUAAACAAACUGUUUUAUGCAACUAUGUCUGAUUGA